AUGAUUAUUGAUUCUACCAAUCAAGAUCUUGUUCAUCAUCUACUGAUAUAUGAAUGUGAUCCAACAGCUCAAUUUGAUGAUAAUAACUUGCCUGACGAUUUGUGUAAUGAAAUUUAUCUACAAACAGCACCGUGUGCAUAUAAUGGUGCCAUUAUUUGGGAUGUCGGUGGUAAUGAUAUAGUUGCAUUUCCAGAAGAAGCUGGCUAUCCAAUUGGAGGUGAUUUUCUCAUCAAAUAUUAUAUGGUUCAAAUACACUAUAAUAAUCCCAAUCAACUUUCGAAUCGUACGGACAGUUCAGGUAUUCGCUUUUAUAUCGGUAAAGAACUUCGUCAAUAUGAUCUUGGCUAUUUGACUUUGGGCACUACUUCAACGCCGCGUGCUCUGGCCAUUCCACCAAAAAUGGAGCGAUUUAUCGUUGAUUCAUACUGUCCGGCGACUGCUACGUUGGGUGGUGAAAGAGCCGAAGAUGAAAUGUGUCGUCAUGUAAUGAAAUACUAUCCUCGAAUGAAUAAUAUGUAUGAUUGUUUGAUGAUGAAUAGUCCACAAAUAUGGAACUCAAUGAUGAACACUUCUUCAUCGUCUUUCAAUGAUUCUAAAUUAAUGGAAUGGCUUCUUAAUCUGACAUGGACAUUAGAGCAAGCUGUUCAAUGGCAAGAAUUCUACAACAUCGCAUCUCGUGUACUCUUAUACGGUGCAUCAUCAAAUCUUCAGUUCAAAUUUAUGUCCGACUUACCCAAAUAUCAAGAUUUGAAGCCGAUUGCAUGCACAAAAGACCAAACCAUUAAUCAAACUACUUCUAGCCAAACAACAACGAUGAAUGAAUCUAUAUCAUAUACUUCACGAAUUCGUCAAAACAUAAUGAUUAUACUAAUAGUAAUAACUUUUAUCCCCGUCAUAUAUAUAUUCAUUUGUUCAAUUCAAAAGCCAACGUUUAGUCGAUUCACUCGAUUUUAUCAAGACGAUGACGACAACUGAGUUUUUUGCACAUUACAUACAUAUAUAUAUACGAACCAUAUGAUAAGUCAUUAUAUGUUUAAUAUUUCUACUAAUUAUCAGAAGAAUUUAGUGUAAUCAAUUACACAAGAUUGUCUUCCCCCGCAUACGUUAUUUAUAAUUCUUUCUCUUCAAUUUGGAUAUCUGUCUUUCCAGUUCUUCAUGGUGAACUAUAAGAGGCAUGGAUAAAAUAGUCUUAUUAAGUUCAAAUUGCGUUGCCACAAUGCGUAGUGAUUCACGCACACAUAAUUGAUGCUAAUUAGGAGAGUGUGGGCGUGGCGUGGGUGUGCGUGUGGGCAUGAGUUUAUCUUUCGUCUAAACCGACAGCCACAGUCAUACUUGCCCACACCCUACCUCAUUCACAUCUUCGUUCCUCUCCUUUCACUCUCGACUACUUGUUUUUCCCCAAAUUCUCUAUCGACAUUCGUUAUACCAUUUAAGAGAAUCCUAAAUAGUUUCUCGUUACCUGCCAACUUUUUUGCUUUUGAAAGAAUUAACUAUGUGUGGCUUCAUCUAUAAAAACCUUCGUCGUAAUGAAACAGAGUGGCUCAAUCCUUCCUUCCAAAAAUAAGUUAUGCAUGAAGAAGAAUGGCAACAAUUAUCCCUAGUCUCAAUCCUCUUCAUUCCUUGAGUAAUCCUGGAAGGAUCUGUCAUGAUUCUGAGUGUCAAGGGUGUGGGUGUGGGUGAAUGAAGAAGAUAAAGAUACACCCACACUCACACCCCACAUUCACACCCAACAUGACGAAACAACCAAUAACUAACUAUAAAAUCACAAUCAAAAAUACAUUAAAAGACAUUCUUGAUGAUCUAAGAGAUAAUCGAUCGAUUAUAACAGAUAUUAUUAAAGAACUCGGUGUGAUCAUAUUAUCAAUAGUUUUCUUUCUUUUGGCUUCAUUUCAGUUUGUUGUUCAUUAGAUGAAUAAAGCUUAUGAUGCAGAAACGUAUUGACACACUAGAAAAGGAUGUAGAUGAUCUUGUACAUGAAUUAGUUUAAAUUGCAAGAAAAAUAUUAAUUAAAAUAUCAAUAAACCUCUUUUAUUGUUUGCUAUACGUUUCUUUUUUUUUCAAUAAAUAAAGAGUCACUGUCAGAUGCAACAUUGUCACAUUAAAACUACAAAGUGAUGACCGAAUUACACUACUAUCUAAAAUUUACUUGUAAAAUAAUCUUCACUAUUGUACAUAAUCAAGCGUGACAAUUUUAAACACGAUAAACAUUCAUUAUAAAGAGAUACAUAUCGACGGAUAUCAUCAAUAAUACGCAAAGAAGAAUAAAAGUUCAAAUCCUGUCGCUGAUGAACAGAACAUCUAUCGACAUCAUAAGAUAAAUUGAUUAACUAAACGAGAAAAUAAAAUAAAGAAAUUGGUUGCACCAAGAUAGGAUUCAAAUAAAUGAAAAAUAACUUCAUAAAUUGAUAGCUUUUCAAUAUCUGAAUCUUCAAGGCAUUCGUAUGUUUUCCACCGCUCAACAGAGUACACCAAAUUUACAUCAACUUAACUAUGCCUAGAAAAUAAAAUAAGCGCACGAUUUCGAAAAGAAAAUUACUCUUCACCAUUCCUUCCCACAAAUUCGUGCCAUGAUCAUAAGAAACCCACUAAAACACCACCAGAGUGAAGUCAAAAACUCACUAUAUUAUGUCCAACACCUACCUUUUCUCCAAUGACUUCACUCAAAAGUACCACAAUUUAAUGCAGAAGUAAAUUCUGCAUGCAUCACAAUCAACUAGGGAGUAAUCACAAGUCUAGAAGCGAAUAUUAUCAAGAAAAACUCGAAUUCGCUGCUAACUUUCCUUAUGUGCUUUUAAUGCUAAACAUUAAUUAUCAACUAAUUUAAUAUGAAGAAAGAACUAUACACAACUUCUAUUUUAACUUAGAAAGUAAAGUGUUGCCAAGUAAAACAAAAAAUAAAUAUUGUUUGUCUCCCUCCACUGAUGAAUCGAAAGAGAACAAGAGAAAAGUAAUCACUGAAAAAAAAACACAUAUGAAGGUGAAAAAGAU